AUGGCGCCGCCUCCGGUCAACAAGAGUGAGGAUGAGUGGCGCGCUGUUUUGAGCCCAGGUAAGCAGGCUUGCCCCGCACAUUCGAAGAGCCCGCCUUGGGCCAUGGCCGCUGGUUGCUCCAUUGAAAUGGAAAGCGAAUAUGAUUCCCACUACCCCUCCAAAGGCGUGUAUACCUGCGCGGGCUGCCACGCACCGCUAUACAAAGCGAGUCACAAGUUCAAGUCCGGGUGCGGAUGGCCCGCGUACUUUGAUUCAAUUCCCGGAGCAGUUCAGAGACACGUGGAUAACUCGUUUGGGAUGGAGAGGACGGAGAUCACUUGUACGAACUGCGGGGGUCAUCUGGGGCAUGUCUUCAAAGGAGAAGGAUACCCGACGCCAACGGAUGAGAGACAUUGUGUGAACAGUAUUAGUCUGAAGUUUACAGAAAAUGAGGAGGGCGAAGGUGCGAAGGCUAAAGCGUGA